AUGAAUCAGUUUUAUUAUGCAAUAUUAAUGGUAACUAUUGUCAUUUUUAGUCAUUUCAAUGUUGUAUCAGGUGAAUGUCGUACAAUAGGACAAAAUUGUUCCAAGACUGUAUUUUCUCCAUGUUGUGAACAAUUAUAUUGUGGUCUAAAUACAUUAUUUACUGGUAAAUGUCAUCUAUGCCUUGCAGCUGGAUAUUUCUGUUGGACUAAUCAAGAAUGUUGUUCUGGAAAAUGUAGUUGGCUUAAAUGUACAGAUCCAAUAAAAGAUGUUGUUGAAAAAUUGACUGGUUAG